GUUGCUGAGAAGGUGAACAAAUUAUCCUCGGACCCCAUCGUGCCACGCGAACGAUGGAAAGAGCGCGAACCGCGCAAAACUUCGGAGGCCAAAACGAAUAUUCUUCUCGGGGAGACCGCCUACAUGCUUCAGGAUAUCCUGGAGUCCAGUGGCGGACUAAUCCCGGAAGACAGGAAACAGAGCACUAACGUAUUGGUGCGAAAGAUCAAAAUACCACGAAUGAGUUUUGCGGAGAGUCGACUAAGGGCUGCGGAAGUGGCGGCCACCGAGGGAGUUGUUGGAGUUCAAGAGCUGUUCGAUACGGCGGAAAACUUCGUCAAACACACGGACUUCCUCCAGCAAUGGCCGCAAGAUAUGCGACAGUGUUUUGCCGUGCCGGACAGUUUUGAAAACAUACCGCACUUAGAGGAAUACAGCUACAAUCCGGAUGAAAAGAAGAAGGAAGAAGGAUAG